AUGCCAAAGGGACGUAAAAAGCCUUCACAGAAGCCUGGGAGUUCCGCUCUUUCUCAGAUUGAGGGACCAACACAAAAGGAUCGCCAUGGAUUCAAAUAUUCUCAGAAAAAGCCGACGAGGAAUGUACGACAAGAGGCUCAAUAUAUGAGUGUUAUGAGUCUCGAGGUUCAUGUGAAUACACGUGGUACUUUAGUUCCAAAUCCCGAAGAGGAUGAAAUCUCCUGUAUUUUCUGGUGUGUGCAGGACGGCGAAACUGAGAUCAAUGACGACGAUGAUUCUGCUGGCAUUACUGCAGGGAUUAUUGCUCUAUCAGAAAAUGAGAGCCUCGCCGCUAGGAUAUCUCCCACUAUGGUCUCCGAGUUCGAGGAAGAACAAACGGAGCUUGAUCUUUUAACGAGACUGGUUGAUGUUGUAAGGCAGCGUGAUCCAGAUAUUUUAACUGGCUAUGAGGUACAUAAUAGCUCGUGGGGUUACCUAAUUGAAAGGGCGAGAUACAAGUAUGAUUAUGACCUCUGCGACGAGUUGUCCAGGGUGAAGACAAAUUCUCACGGACGUAUUGGCAAGGGGAAUGAUCGCUGGGGUUUCAAUCAUACGUCUUCAAUUCGGAUUACUGGCCGACACAUGAUCAACAUAUGGAGGGCCAUGCGAGGGGAACUCAACUUGCUCCAAUAUACUAUGGAAAACGUAGUCUUCCAUCUCCUCCACCAACGAAUUCCACAUUACCCCUUUCAAGAUUUAACGAAAUGGUUUACCAGCAAAAGACCGCGGGAUAUUGCGAAGGUCAUCAAUUACUUUCUCUCGAGAAUUCAACUAGAUCUAAAAAUCAUCGAGUCGAACGAAUUGAUUUCCAGAACCAGUGAGCAAGCUCGAAUAUUGGGCAUUGAUUUCUUUUCCGUUUUCUCCAGAGGAUCUCAGUUCAAAGUCGAAUCCCUCAUGUUCCGAAUUGCUAAACCGGAAAAUUUCAUCCUCAUUUCCCCAGGCAAGAAACAAGUGGGACAGCAGAAUGCGCUCGAAUGCUUGCCGCUUGUCAUGGAGCCUCAAAGCGAUUUCUACACCAGCCCCCUCUUAGUGCUCGAUUUCCAGUCGCUCUAUCCAAGUAUCAUGAUCGCAUAUAAUUACUGCUAUUCGACUUGCUUGGGAAGAGUUGUGAGUUGGCGGGGUCAAAACAAAUUGGGAUUUAUUGACUUCAGGAGACCAGCAGGCCUUCUUGAACUGUUCAAGGACCAGAUCAAUAUCGCCCCCAAUGGUAUUAUAUACGGCCAAGGCAGGAGGUCCGCAAGUCACUAUUAG